ACAUAUCCAAUUUGUAAUAACGGCUCUAGUCUCAUCAACAUUGUAAUUUUUCUUACUACUAAUCUACAUACAGUAAAUAUAAUCUAACAUUAGCAUAAUAACUGUAUUCUUAUAUAACAUUAUUACUACUGUUAAACAUUAACAAAUGCAGAAAUAAUUUGGUAUUGUAUUCAGGAUAUCUUUAAACCAUUUAAUUAUCUCUUUGUUAUGGAAGCAGAAGUAAACUAUGUGUAAUGGGUAUUCUACCUCACCACUUCUUAUACAACUAUUUAUUUUUGAGUCUCUAAUUAGUUGGUAGAGCUACAUAAAUAUACCUCCCGUAUAUAAAGCCUCUCUGGUGAGGAUCCAUGUAUUUAAAAUAAAUAUUUUUCCAAAUAAAAAAAAAACAUUUAAACAGCGGAUACUUUUCUUCAACUGCUGGUUUAGUCCAUGUCAUUAACAUAUUGUAUACAUCUUUACUUCUAACACUGGGAGAGGGUUCAUGCCUUGCUAUCUCUCUCAAGGUAUUGAUUGCAUUACUAUAAUAAAGUAGGAAAUAUUUUCAGGUUUUAUAUCUUGUAAAUAAGUGGUUCUUAUUCUUAUAUAAUAUGGAUUUAAAGAUUUUCCCUUUUCAUGGCCUGAAUCAUUAUUUAUGAAAGUUGUAAAUAAUAUAGCAGUUGCUUUACAAAAAACAUUAAUUACUCCAAUACUUCCUUGUUUCACAGGUAAAUACAGAGUUUAUCUUUUAAUCGGUUAGUACUGUACGUCCCCAUUUCAGCUGCUGUAUUACGUCACCAACGUAUAAUUUUCUGAUUGACUGGCUGUUGAUGUGCCGUGUAGGCUGCUUCUGGAUUUUAUUUUACCAAAGUGUUCAACAGCAUUUCAUACACGUUGUAAUACUUAGAUAUUAUUGUCAGAGAAGUAGAAACCUUGGAAAUAUUUUGUUUGUACUAGACUUCCUACCACUUACAGAAACGUGUGUGAGACGACAGAAAGCGUCUCUUGGAGUCUUGUUCCAGUCGUAUCCUUCUCUUUCUUCUUUUUUACCUAUGCUUAAAGAAAACUGACAUUAAUAUUAUUUUCCUCGUAUAUUCAUGUUUUACAUUUCCCUGCGCUUCAGGUUAAUAGUGUAGUUUCUUUGCCUUGAUAUUCAAAACUUCGUCGGCGUGAUGGCUGACAGUUUUGACGCACUUCUCACCCAGCUGGGGACUGGCAAGUGGAACAUUUUCUUCGCCCUCGCGUCAUCGUUCCGGUUCCUGCUAUCACCAAGUCAGUCAUUAAGCAGCGUAUAUCUGGCACCGUCUGUCAACUACACGUGUCAGCCGCAUACAGUUGACCACGUCAUUGAAGUCAAACAUGACUCCUGCAGCUAUGUAAUAAACAGUACGUCCACCGGAAGACUGGAGGACGUGGCGUGUAUUAAGUGGACAUUUGAUAAGUCCGUCUUUUCUUCAACUCUCACUUCUGAGUUCGAACUGGUAUGUGAGAGGGAGUAUCUUCGCCCCACCUACCAGAGUGUAUACAUGUUGGGUACCUGUGUGGGUCCACUGGUGUGCGGCUACUUCGCUGACAGGUUUGGGAGAAAGAUCGUCUACGUGGUUUCGCAGAUCGUCGUGUCAGCAGCCUCCCUGGGGCUCUGUCUCCUGCACAACUUCUCCACCAUCCUCUUCCUACGAUUCAUCAUAGGCUGCUCCGAGCUACUCAUUCACCUCGUCCUAGCGCUGGAGGUGUGUGAGCCCAGGCACAGGGCAACUAUGGGCAUCCUGACCGGGAUGCCGUGGGCACUGGGAACGAUGCUGUGGGGCGGCGCUGCCUACGCCAUCCGUGACUGGCGGUGGUUGCAGCUGGCUGCCUCCUUACCUUCCGUCCUCAUGUUCCCCGCCCUCUACUACCUAGAUGAGUCCCCGCGCUGGCUGAUAGUACAGGGUCAUGCCAGUCGUGCCCAGAAGGUGCUGGAAAAGGCUGCCCGCUGGAACAAAACGAGUCUCCCGUCCGAGUACGAGUUGAAGACUAUCAUGUCCCAGAUAAAACGACAAGCGAACACGGAGGAGGAGGAAGCGGGUACAGAGAGGAAGAGUCAAGGUGACACAGGCGACAGUGUGAGCUGUGGCAACCUCACAGCUCCAAGACUACUGAGCACUCGAAAGAUCAUCACCAUCACCGUGGCUGUUUGCUUCCUCUUCCUCUCUGCGGCUCUUGUGUUUGACGGACUCAAUCUCGGCGGUGACCUGUAUAGUGAAAACAUAUUCCUGUACCUGAUAUUCGCGGGUUUGAUGGAGUUCCCUGGGUGCACACUCUCCGUCCCUAUCGUCAACCGCUAUGGCAGGAAGAGAAGUCUGGCUGUCUGCUUCGUCUGCUGUAGCAUCAUGCUCUUCACCUUGACUUUUAUACCCACAGGACACUGGCAGUUGAUGAUGACGCUGGCUUUGUUAGGCAAGAUGUUCAUCUCCGCGGCCUUCCAGAUCAUUUACGUCUACUCUAACGAGGUCUUCCCCACCGAGGUACGGGUUCAAGGAGUGGAGACUGGCAGCGCUGUGGGUCAGGUGGCCGCCAUCAUCGUACCUUUCAUCAGCAUAUACCUGGGUCCUGUGAUCCCCUGGCUACCGUCGGUCGUAUUCGGGACAAUGUCGAUCCUGGCAUCGGUGUCGCUGACCACGAUGAAGGAGACUAAAGGUGCGAACCUCCCAGACACCAUCGCCCAACUUGAACUUUCUGGAAAGAAAGAAGAAAGGUAUAUUCGAGUAUACACAAACCAGCCAGGUGAUGGUACAGGGGAAGAGGUUUUUGAAGAAUCGAAGUGGUGCAAAAUUAAACUAAAGGGGAGAGACUUUACUCUCUGUUGGACAUAUCUAAAGAUCCCCAAAUUGUAGCUUAUUAAACCAAAGGAACUUAAGAGCCUUAAUUGACUACGUAACGGCCCUUAACCCUCAGUCACCUCCUUGUCAUGGAGAAUUAACAAUGGCGACAUCGACUAGAGGAAUGAAAUCACACAAAUGACCUUAAUAAGCCCGCUACUCUUUCUGUAGAAAUUCUGAAGGACAAUUUCAUAUUUCAAUAUGUGAAAUAUCCGACUCCCUAUAGAGGAGACAAACAUCCAAAUCGAUGGACCUCAUCAUAACUAACGAGAAGUGUAUGGUAGCCAAAUUGGAACCAACCAUCAUGUGACGUUGUCCUUCAGAUUUAACUGUUACUUGAUUCAUAAUAAGAGCAGGUCAGGAUCAAAUUUUUAGAGGGGCCUGGCUUGGCCUGACUCACUAAGGAACAAGAACAUAGAUACUACACUGAAUACCAUAGCCAGCAAAGUUUACUUUUAUAGAUAUAUAUACCUAAGGCCAAAAAUGAUGAGCAGGACAGAAGGAUGUAUGCCAGGAACCAAGCACAGUCAGAAUGUAAAAGGGCUGAAAAAGAGUUCGAGCGGCGGAUUGCUAGCAAGGUCAACUAAGACCCAAAGGAUUUCUAACCAUUAUACAAAAUCAAAAGUAAAGACACGCGUGGGCGCAUCAGAUAUGAGUCUUGAAGAUGGUAAUUACUCAGAGUCAGAUCAUCAUUAUUCACAAGAGAGGAUGCAAAUAAUCUUCCUGCGUUAGAGGAAAGACGGUUUGAAACAACAUUGAUGCAUAUUAUGUUCUCAGAAGAGUGUAAAAUAAACAUUUGUCAAAGCUAAAAGUUCCUCAGAGCGCUGAUCCUGACAUGAUACAUUCCAGAGUGCUCAGAGAGUUGCGCAACGAAUUUGUUAAGCUCCUUAACACCCUUUUCUGCAAAUGCUUGGAUUAGCAAAAAAUCCCUAAUGACUGAAAAAUGGCAAAUGUAAGUCCAAUAUUCAAACAAGGAGAGCAUCACUCCACGGAUAAUUAUAAGUCGGUGAGCUUGGCCAGCAUAGUGUGUGAAGUACUAAAGAGCAUUGUGAGAUGUCAUGAUGGAAAAUUACUUCGAAACAACUUUGUAAAGAAGUGGCAACAUGGUUUUAUGCCGGGACGAUCUUGCAUGACACAAUUACUUAGGGUGCUGGAUAUUUGGACUCAGAUCCUGGAACAUGGUGGUAAUAUCAACAAUAUAUAUCUGGACUCUGCCAAGGCUUUCGACAGCUGAAAAUUAAACUGAAAGGGUACAAAAUUCGGGGGAGCGUCCUAGCAUGGAUGGGAGACAUUCUUCAUGGCCGCAAGCCAUGUGUUGCAUUUAAUGACAUGAAAUCGUCAAGUGCAGCCGUGAUAAGUGGGGUACUACACUACUACAGGGCAGCGUACUGGGCUCGCUAUUGUUUUGUUUUUUGUUUCAUAAAUGACAUGCCAGAAGCUAUACACUCUUUCAUACAAAGGUUUGUGGACGAUGCCAAGUUAUUCAGGAAUAUUAAGAACCAAAUGGACUGUGAAGAGCUACAUAUCUGUGUCAGCUUCAAAGAUGAUGGAAGAAAUGGCUGCUAAGAGUCAAUGCCACGAAGUGUAAGAGGAUGCACCUAGGUCGUAGCAACAAUGAGGAGGCGUAUCACAUGUCAUAAUGAGAUGGAGAAACAGCAUUAACAGAGACCGAAUGUGAAAACGACCUGGGUGUGUAUGUUGACAGCGAACUGAAGUUCUCAAACCAUUGUAAAUAGGAUUUUAAUCAAGCAACCAAGCUUGUGGUCUUAUAAUAAGAUAGUUCAGAUACCUAGAUGGUCCGUCCCUCGUAACGCUCUUCAAGAGUGAGGUGCUCCGUCAUUUGGAGUUCCCGUCUGGUCCCCGAG